ACUCCUCCCCCAUGCGCACCGGCACCGGCACCGGCAGCUCACCGAUCCCCGGAGCCGCUACUAUAAGUACAAAGCUUCCCCGGCGGCGGUCCACCCGGCCAUGGCGGCAGUCGGAGCGCGCCCAGUGCUGUACCACCACCACCCCCACCCGGCGCCGGCGGGCGGCGCCCCCGCCCCCAUGUCCUCUUCCUACUUCUCCCGCGGCGGAGGCAGCUCCAGCCCCGCGUCCAGCCUCUCCGCCGCGCACUUGGACAUAUCCGAGUUCCUCUUCGACGACGCCUCCGUCGUCGUGCCGCCGGACGCCAGUGGUGGCGGUGCGAUCAGCGCAGGCGGCGCUGGGAGCGCGGCGGCGCCGGAGCGGCCGCGCACGGACCGGAUCGCGUUCCGGACGAGGUCGGAGGUCGAGGUCCUGGACGACGGCUACAAGUGGAGGAAGUACGGCAAGAAGUCCGUCAAGAACAGCCCCAACCCAAGGAACUACUACCGGUGCUCGACGGAAGGGUGCAACGUGAAGAAGCGGGUGGAGCGGGACAGGGACGACCCCGGCUACGUGGUCACCACGUACGAGGGGACGCACAACCACGCCAGCCCCAGCACGGUGUACUACGCCAGCCAGGACGCCGCCUCCGGCCGCUUCUUCGUCGCCGGCACGCAGCCGCCGGGGCCGGGGCCGGGCUCCCUCGUCAACUAAUAUUAUCCAUCCCGACGGCCGUGUAAUAAGAUGUACAGACUCUGUCCCAAUGGAUGUUGGACCCGAUUCUUAGUUACAUCUUGUAUGCAGUGCAGGUGUGGCUGAACGCUCCCCAGGCAGGAGGCAUCAGUCGCAGCCCUUGGCUACGCCGGCCGUGCCACCAGGCCCUAGCCAUGUUUGCAGACUCCGCAUGGGUAGGCACUGAAGCAAACUAGUAGACCUUUUUGGCUCUUGUACACAAACUGAACUAUAUGAAACUUUGGUACUACUUUUUUUUCCCU